AUGAAGGAAGAAGAUUUUAUUGAGAGACUCAUGUUCAGGUUUGAUAGCAAGAGGUUUUGCAGAGACUGUAGAAGAAAUGUUAUUCGAGAAUUUAAGGAGCUAAAAGAACUUAAGCGCAUGCGUAGAGAACCUCGUUGCACCAGUUGGUUUUGUGUUGCUGAUACUGCCUUUCAGUAUGAGGUAUCAGAUGACUCAAUUCAAGCUGAUUGGCGCCACACAUUUGCAGAUACUGUGGGAUCGUAUCAUCACUUUGAGUGGGCUGUGGGUACAACUGAAGGAAAAUCAGACAUUUUGGAAUUUGAAAAUGUUGGAACGAGUGGAUGUGUUCAAGCUAGUGGCUUAGAUCUUGGUGGCUUGAGUGCAUGCUUUAUUACCCUCCGAGCUUGGAAACUAGAUGGACGGUGUACUGAGUUUUGUGUUAAAGCUCAUGCAUUGAAAGGUCAAGAGUGCGUACAUUGCAGGCUUAUUGUAGGGGAUGGUUAUGUUACAAUCACAAAAGGAGAAAGUAUAAAAAGAUUCUUUGAGCAUGCUGAAGAGGCAGAAGAAGAAGAGGAUGAUGAUUUGAUGGACAAAGAUGGGAAUGACCUCGAUGGAGAAUGCACCCGUCCGCAAAAGCAUGCAAAAAGCCCUGAACUUGCUCGAGAGUUUCUUCUAGAUGCUGCUACAGUUAUAUUCAAAGAACAGGUAGAAAAGGCUUUCAGAGAAGGAACGGCUCGUCAAAAUGCGCAUAGCAUAUUCGUUUGUCUUGCACUAAAACUGCUGGAGGAACGAGUUCAUGUUGCAUGCAAAGAGAUCGUUACAUUAGAAAAGCAGACAAAACUUCUUGAAGAGGAAGAAAAGGAAAAACGUGAAGAAGAAGAGCGCAAGGAGAGAAAAAGAGCAAAAGAAAGGGAGAAAAAGCUUAGGAGAAAGGAAAGACUAAAAGGAAAGGAUAAAAAUAAAGAAAGAAAUUGUUCCGAGUCAGUUGAUGUUCCUAGCUCUCCUGAAGCCUCAAAGGAAGAAAUGUCUGCACCGGUUGAUUCAGAGCAAAAUAAUGCUAUUAGUAUUACAUGCAUGAAUUCAGGUAAUGCAACCGAUGAGGCUAAUUUAUCACAGUGUGAUUACCCUAACAUCCAAGAUGACGACUUCUCAAGUGAGUGUAGUACUCUCAGAGCACAAGAAUGUGCUUAUGGUGACUAUGAUGGAGACAUUGCAAAUGCACAUGACAGCAAUGAUACUUUUAUAGUUGAGCAACCAAAGUUUUAUCAUCAAAGGCUUAGAUAUAGGAAAGAUUUUCAAGCUGACAUGUCUUCAAAGUGGUCUGACAGAUCUGAGCCAAGACACUAUGGCGAUAAUUUUGGAACAUCUUCCAGGGGAAUCAAUGUAUUGAACCGGCAAUCAAAAAUAAGUGUUCCGAAAACCAGCGGUCGUAACAUUGGUCAUAAGUGUAACAGUUCCAACUACCGGAUGAGUGAAAAAUAUGAUUUCCAUUCAUGCAGUUGUAGCUUGAAUAAUAGAAUGACCAGAAGUAGUUGGGAGAUGAAAGCUGCUAGUAAGUCGGAAUCUACUGUAGAUACAUCUAGGCAGUUUUAUCGUGGUAGUAAGUAUAAUCAGGUAGACUCAAUGCAUGAGAGUAGCGGAAGACCCAAAAGCAGAGUCUUCUCGGGGAACUAUUUUCAAUCAAAGAAAGUUUGGGAACCUACGGAAUCUUUCAACAAGUAUUCUCGUAGUAAUUCAGACUCUGAUGUUACAUUGAGGUCCACAGAUCAGGUAUGUCAGUUCGAUCCGGUCAAGUCCCCUGUUGACGAAGUUGACGAUUCAGGUGAAAUUGACAAUGAUAGUAGUGAUUUGAAGAGAAGUGGAAUGACCGAAGGCUGCCAGAAUGAUCUUGAUGCAGAAGCCGAAGGAUCUUGCAGCUCCAUAGAAACGAGGAGAUCUACCAUAAAUAAUUCUUCUGAUCACAGUCAAGAAUCUUCAAAUUCAGAUUCUGAAGAUGCUAGCCAGAUAUACGAGGUAGGAGAUAGUUCAGUCCGCGAUGACAAUGAUUUGUCUGGCUGUUAUGAACAUGGGAUCAAGAAAACUCAUAACACAAAUGGUGAUGGUGUGUCGAGCAGGUCGCAAUCUGUUCCAUCCUUAGAUGUAGCAGAAAGUGAAUCGUUUCGUAAUCCUGUGUUAGAAACAGCCCAAAAUUUUGAAAAUGGUACCGUCCAAAAUUUUGAAAAUGGGUUUUCUUCCACCAAUGUAUGUUCUCAACCUGAAGGCAUGCCUCCUCCAAUGGCAACAAACAGAAACGUACAAUUUCCUGUGUUUCAGACUCCCUCGGCAAUGAGUUAUUACCAUCAAAAUCCAGUUCCAUGGCCGCCAGCCGCUCCAACAAAUGGGUUGGUGCCCAUUCUACACCCAAAUCAGUAUUUGUAUGCAGGCCCUCUUGGAUAUAACUUAAACGAGGAUCCACGCUACUGCUUGCAGUAUGGUUCCUUGCAACAACCGACACCACAAUUCAACCAUGCUGCUAUUCCAGUUUAUCAUCCAGUUGCGAGAGCUAAGGGCUUAAAUGGAGAGGAACUUCCAGUUUAUCAUCCAGUUGCGAGAGCUAAGGGCUUAAAUGGAGAGGAACUAAGUCAAACAUCUAAGCCAUCAUCUAUGCAAGAUCAUCUGCAUGAAUCUAUUGGAGAAAGGUUUGUUCCAAAUGCAGCUAAUUCCAGAAAAGCAGUACCGAACGGGGAAGACCGACGUGGACAUGGCAAUUCUGCCAAGUCACAAGAUAGUAACAAUGGCUUCUCAUUGUUUCAUUUUGGCGGGCCAGUAGCCUUUUCAAAUCAAUGCAAAAGAGCGGCUGCAUCUUCAGACUAUGUUGGAGAUUUUAACUCAAAAAGUUUUCCAGAUCAAGUCGAAAAAGAUCAUGGUUGCAAUAAGAAAGAGAAUGCUUUCAUAGAGGAGUACAAUUUGUUUGCGGCGAGUAAUACCUGGUUCACAAUUUUCUAA